AUGCUUUCCCAGCUCUUCAUCCUCAGCUCCAAGGGGGACCCCCUGAUCCACAGGGAUUUCCGCGGGGACUCGCCCCGCCCCCCCCGUGACGUCACGGAGCUGUUCUACCGGGGGGUGAGCGGCGGGGGGGGCGAGAACAGCCCCGCCUUCAUGAGCCUCGGGGGUCUCCACUUCGCUCACGUCCGGCACGGGGGGCUCCUCCUGGGGGUCACCACCGAGGGCGACGCCUCCCCCUUCACCUUGGUGGAAUUCCUGAACAGGUUGGUGACGCUGCUCCGGGAUUUCUGUGGCCCCUUGAGCGAGAAAAGUUUGGGAAUGAACCUGGGACUGGUGGGGGAGCUCCUGGAGGAACUGGUGGAUUUUGGGCACAUCCAGACGACGACUCCCGAAAUCCUGCGCAGCCUCGUGCACUCGGAGCCCGAGAGCCCCAAACCCUUCAGCCUGCUCGACCUGGGAUCCGUGGGGCUGUUCGGGGCGGAGACGCAGCAGAGCCGGGUGGUGCCGGGGGGGGCGGCCCUGAGACCCCUCCCCCCACCUCGGGGGGACCAGCCCCCCAGGCCCGAGGUCUUCGUGGACGUCCUCGAGCGCCUCUCGGUCGUCGUCGCCUCCGACGGCACCCCCCUGAAGAUCGACGUGCAGGGACAAAUUCGCCUCAAGAGUUUCCUGCCCCCCCGCAUGACGUUGAUGCAGUACCAGGUCGCCGAUGAAAUCCCAACCCCGCUCCCGUUCCGGCUUUUCCCCAGCGUGGACUCGGAGCCCGGGGGGAGGAUCCGCCUGUACCUGAAGCUCCGUUGCGACCUCCCCCCAAAAAGCCACGCCGUGAACGUCCUCCUGCAGCUGCCGGUGCCCAAAGGAGUCUCCAGCCUUUCCCAGGAGCUGAGCAGCCCCGACCAAGCGGCCGAGUUGGAUUUGGGAUCCCGGAGCAUCCGCUGGGAAAUUCCCAAAAUCCAGGGGGGAUCCCAACUCUCCGCCCUCUUCAAGCUGGAGGUGACGUCCCCGGGCCCCGCCUGGCGCCUGGAGCUGGGUCCUGCCCACGGCUCCUUCGAGCUCCCUUCCCACUCGUGCUCCGGGCUCCGCGUUCGAUUCCUGCGGCUCUCGGCGGCGCCGGGAUCGGCGGCAGCGCAGCGCUGGGUGCGGUACCUGAGCCACAGCCAGAGCUACGUCCUGAGGCUGUGACACGGCCCGGAGAACCGGGGAUUAUCGGGAUUAUCGGGAUUAUCGGGAUUAUCGGGAUUAUCGGGAUUAUCGGGGUUAUCGGGAUUA